CGAGCGAACAGAUCGUGCGUUCCGUAGUCGAAUGUAUCUUCGAUUCUGCCCAGUACAAGACUUGGAUACGGAAGUCUCGAUAAUCUUCAGAUUCGUACUUUGCUUUACUUGCUGUCCCCAUCGAUCGCAAUAAUGGCCGCUUCGAAGCACAAACUCACAUUCCUGUGGCUGGCCGUCUGCACUUUGCAGCUCGCCCACGCCAUCAGAAUGACACCGUUGAACGCUCCCGCUGCUCUGCGUGGAUUUUUUCAGGACUAUCCGAUCAGUACGGUUCCUGCGCCGCCAUUGUCUAAUACGCAUGCGGCAGAUGUGAAGAAAGCUUUCCUCGCUGGCAACCAGACUUCAUCACUUCCCGGCGUCAAUGAGCGACUAUGUCCCGAGAGUUGCAAGUUACUCGGCUCCGAUCCUAGCAAAUGGUUCGUCUACCACGAUACUGCCUUUGCCGCAAAAUGCAAUCAACCCAUGCUGCUCGACUUCGCGCUCGUCAAUCCGAUCGACGACCCGAAGACGCCAGUGAAGAUCGCAGCAUGCACCGCCGAUGACCGCGAAGCUACCAAGAGAUCAGCGACGAUAAGCAGCUCGAACUGUCAGCGAGAACAUAUCACGCAAAGCGUCAAGUCCUCAGCAUUGCGAUUGCAAACCUCGGGGUCUUCAGCCGCUGGCACAGCCAGUGAUGUUCUACAAGUCUUGCAGUCCUUGCAAAUGACGUUCGAUCUACGCGGGAUGUCCUGCAAUGCGACGAUCGACAUCGCUUCUUCGGGACUCACAGUAGCGGGUGCAUACAUUGGAGCAGGAUUGAGCGCUCAACAUCUAGGGCCCGAGCUUUUGACCAAGAUAGCUGCGGAGAUCCAGCACAAAGCCUCUCUUACCGAGACCAUGUUUGUCCAAUUGUGCAAUGAGACGACUGCUCGUUACAUGCUUGGACUGUACAUCAGUACUCGGACUGACCUAGGUGCUGUCCAGGCUGCGCUAGGAUCUUGGCAGAAUAGCACAUGUAUCAGUUCAUCAGGGCAAAGCUCUCUGGAUUUCGCAGACAUGAGAUACAUGGUGGCGUCAUCAUCCCCCGAUUCUGGGAUCACCGGAAAUUCAACUACGACACCUUCAAACGGCACCUUACCUCUGACGCCUUCUCAUUUCCUCUCUCCUCGGGCUAACUGUCGCACUAUUCAAGUGGUGUCCGGGGACACAUGUUCCUCUCUUGCGUCAGAGUGUGGAAUCACACCUGCACAAUUCACGCAAUACAACCCCGGCAGUAGCACGUGUUCUUCGCUGCGGGCCGGACAGCACGUAUGCUGCAGUGCUGGAACGCUCCCUGAUUACUCGCCAAAGCCUUAUGCCAACGGAACUUGCUACACGUACGUUGUCGUAUCGGGUGACUCCUGCUCGUCUAUCGCUGCUGCGCACUCUUUAACGCCUCAGACCAUCGAGAUUUUCAACGCAAAGACCUGGGGCUGGACCGGAUGCUCAAAGCUAUUCGCGGGCUACAACAUAUGCCUUAGUAAGGGCAACAUCCCCAUGCCAUUGCCUGUUCCGAACACUGUAUGUGGGCCGCAAGUUCCUGGCACCCCAGCAGCGCCGCCGGGUACUAAUCUCUCGACCCUGAAUGGCUGUUUGCUGAACGCUUGCUGCGACAUCUGGGGGCAAUGCGGAACGACCGCAGAAUUCUGUACCAUUUCGCAAUCCGAUAACCAAGCUCCUGGUACCGCUGCUCCUGGACAGAACGGAUGCAUUUCAAAUUGCGGCACCGAUAUCGUCACUUCGCCAGCGCCUGCAAGCGUGUUCAACAUCGCCUAUUUUGAAGCGUAUGAUUGGGCUAGGAAAUGUCUCCGAAUGCCUGUUACUCAACUCGAUACUACCUACUUUACUCAUAUCCACUUCUCUUUCGCCACUUUCAAUCCAGACCUGUCUGUGAACACGGACGCUAUCGCAGCUCAGCUGCCACUUUUUGCGAGCAUGACCGGGGUGAAAAAGAUCAUAUCUUUCGGGGGCUGGGGAUUCUCCACCGAUCUUGGGACGUAUCAGAUCUUUCGUGAUGUUGUCAAAUCUCCCGCAAACCGCGCUACAGCAAUCGCGAGCGUUGUGAAUUUUGUUCAUCAAUACGGUCUUGAUGGAGUUGACAUCGAUUGGGAGUACCCCAACGAGCCCGACAUCCCGGGUAUCCAGCCAGGCACUAAAAUCGACAGUAUUGGCCUACUCCUGUUUGUCGAUGGCCUUCGAGAUGCCCUUCCUUCAGGCAAGACUAUCUCUGUCACCGCACCAGCCUCAUUCUGGUACCUGAAGGGCUUUCCUAUCCAAGCUCUCAGUAUUGUUGCAGACUACAUCGUAUACAUGACGUAUGAUCUACACGGACAAUGGGAUUACGGUAACAAGUGGUCUGACGAGGGUUGCCCGAGUGGGAGUUGCUUGCGAUCUCACGUGAACCUUACAGAGACGAUCAACGCCUUAUCUAUGCUCACAAAGGCCGGCGUUCCAUCUAAUAUGAUCGUCGUCGGGGUCAGCAGCUACGGCCGGUCUUUCCAGAUGGCUAACGCGGGCUGUUGGACGGAGCAGUGCACCUUUACCGGGCCUGAUUCGGGCGCCGAAAAAGGCCUCUGCACAAACACUGCCGGUUACAUUGCGCAAUGGGAAAUUGACUCCAUAUUGUCGAGCAAUCCUUCCGUGCAUCAAUAUUGGGAUCCAAAGGCUUUUUCUGACAUCAUCGUUUACGACCAGACCCAAUGGGUCUCCUACAUGAGUGCUUCAAACAAGGCAGGUCGGAUGAAACUGUACCCUGCCUUGAAUUUCCUCGGAACGGCGGACUGGGCGGUUGAUCUACAGUCACUCGACGGCGAUGGCAGUCCAGAUCUCGCCUCAUCCGACAUUAUCUAUAUUGAUCCCGGAAUAUGGGCAUCAUCGAAUCCCAUGGUGACGGCAUCAACAGGCGCAACCCUCAUCUGGCCUCCAAUGCCUCUGGGUAGCACAACGACGAUCAGUUUCCCACUCUUGACGACUUCUGUGACGUAUUCGAGUCUCACGACGCUUACUACUUCCCUCCCCGAUGGAUCCGUCUCGUCUUAUCCAUGGUAUAACCACAUCUCGUGGCUUACUGUGCUGACAAUUCCACCUGGUAUGCUGUUCCACAGUGAUUUCUUAAACAUCAGUGCCCGACGGCUUACAAUCCUUUAGUGACCACGACAGCUAUCCCGAUAUGGGCUGUGACGAUACCCACUGCCUCCACAGGCUCCAUCAUUUUGGCAAGCUCUGUCCAACCACCCCCUUUUGUUGUGACUGUCACCCCGUAAGUAGACAACGUAUAUGCUGCAUCGGGAAUUCAGAUACUGAUGUCCGUUCGCAGAGUUUUCGGCGGUACUACUUCAAUAAUCGGACCCACCAAAACUACGACAUCAAGCGGUAUCGCUGCAAUUUGGUUCGGCGGAUCAGACGGGCCACAGACCUACAUUCCGACACCUCAGACUGAAACGUUCGGUGGCAGGACGACCACCUAUGGAGGGACCACCCUGCCCG